GUUCUUCCAGAUGCAAUUUCAAAUAUUGUUCAGACUAAAGUUUCCCUUGAUCGAAUCGCAUCGUUUCUUUCACUUGAUGACCUCAAAAGAGAUGCCACAGAGAAGCUCCCAAGAGGUAGUUCUGAUAUAUCAAUUGAGAUUGUUGAAGGAAAUUUCAGCUGGAGUGAAUCCCGCUUUCCGACUUCAUUUCUUAUGAACAUUAAUCUUCGGGUUCAUAAUGGCAUGAGAGUUGCUGUUUGUGGUACUGUCGGUUCAGGAAAGUCAAGUUUGUUAACUUGCAUUUUGGGAGAAAUGCCCAAAUUAUCAGGAAGUGUUAAGAUAUGCGGGACAAAGGCCUAUGUAUCUCAGUCACCGUGGAUACAGAGUGGAAACAUUGAAGAAAAUAUACUGUUUGGUAAGAAGAUGUAGAGAGAAAAGUAUGAAAGAGUUGUUGAGGCAUGUUGCUUAAAAAAAGAUUUGGAAGUUCUUUCCUUUGGUGAUCAAACUGUCAUAGGUGAGAGGGGUAUCAACUUGAGUGGUGGGCAGAAGCAAAGAGUGCAGAUUGCACGUGCUUUGUACCAAGAUGCUGACAUUUAUCUUUUUGAUGAUCCAUUCAGUGCCGUGGAUGCUCAUACUGGAACUCAUCUGUUCAAUGAGUGCAUAAUGAGGCUGCUGAAGUCAAAGACUGUAGUAUAUGUUACACAUCAAGUAGAGUUCUUGCCUGCUGCGGAUUUGAUCUUGGUUAUGAAAGAUGGAAAAAUUACACAGGCUGGAAAGUACAAUGACAUCCUCAAUAUGGGUAGUGAGUUUAUGGAACUAGUGAGUGCCCACAAUGAAGCUUUAUCUUCCAUAGAUGUCUAUGAGGGAAGUAAGGCAGUAUUGGGUACAGAAAAUAGUAGCUUGGUUAGUAUUAAGCAGACAAAAAUUCAGAAUGCCGAAUCCGAGGGUGGGGAAAAUGGUGUGCGUGGUAAUGGUGUGGAACCAAAAGGCCAACUCGUCCAAGAGGAAGAAAGAGAGAAAGGUAGUGUGAGUUUACUAGUUUAUUGGAGAUACAUCACUACUGCAUAUGGAGGCGCCCUAGUGCCCUUCGUAUUGUUGGCACAUAUACUCUUCCAGGCACUUCAAAUUGGAAGCGAUUACUGGAUGGCAUGGGCAACUCCUGCAUCAGAAAGGGAGACUCCUCCGGUGGGAAGUCAUGCACUCAUCAUUGUGUAUGUUUCUUUAGCAAUUGGAUGUUUAUUUUGUAUCAUUGGUAGAUCAUUGUUGCUUGCGACCGCUGGGUACAAGACGGCAACACAGCUAUUCAAUAAAAUGCAUUUGUGUAUUAUUCGUGCCCCAAUGUCUUUCUUUGAUGCCACACCAUGUGGGCGUAUUCUAAAUAGAGCAUCCACGGACCAAAGCGCAGUUGAUCUUGAUGUUCCGUUUCAUGUUGGAUCUUUUGCCUUUACUAUGAUUCAGCUUGUUAGUAUCAUUGGUGUUAUGUCUCAAGUUGCAUGGCAGGUGCUCAUUGUUUUUAUUGUGGUGAUUUUAAUGUCCAUCCAUUUAGAGCAAUGUUACAUACCUUCAGCAAGAGAACUGGAACGGUUAGUUGGAGUUUGCAAGGCUCCAGUAAUACAGCACUUUGCUGAAACCCUCUCAGGAUCAACUACUAUUAGAAGUUUUGAGCAGGAAACCCGAUUUCGUGAUUUCAGUAUGAAGCUGAUCGAUGGAUAUAAUCGCCCAAAGUUUUACAGUGCCGGUGCUAUGGAGUGGCUUUGCUUUCGUUUGGAUAUGCUGUCUUUGGUCACUUUUACCUUUUCACUGGUCAUCUUGAUCUCUGUUCCAGUUGGAACUAUUGAUGCUAGCAUUGCUGGCUUAGCUGUGACAUAUGGGCUUAAUCUCAACAUGUUGCAAGCUGGGGUUAUAAGGAAUCUUUGCAAUAUGGAGAAUAAAAUUAUUUCAGUUGAGAGAAUACUUCAAUACAACACGAUACCUUGUGAGCCUCCUCUUAUCGUUGAAUCCAACAGACCAGACCCUGGUUGGCCCUCAACUGGAGAGGUUGAUAUCAGAAAUCUUCAGGUUCGAUAUGCUCCACACAUGCCUCUUGUUUUACGAGGCAUCACAUGUACUUUGUUUGGAGGGAAGAAGACUGGUGUAGUUGGUAGGACAGGGAGUGGUAAAUCAACUCUAAUACAGACCAUCUUCCGUAUUCUUGAACCUGCUUCUGGAGAAAUAGCAAUAGAUGGUGUCAAUUUAUCCUCAAUUGGACUGCAUGAUUUGCGGUCGAGGUUAAGCAUUAUUCCACAAGAUCCUAUCAUGUUUGAGGGCACUAUCCGUAGCAAUCUGGAUCCACUUGAUGAGUACCCUGAUGAACAAAUUUGGGAGGCUCUUGAUAAGUGUCAACUGGGAGAUGAAGUAAGAAAAAAGAAAACAAAACUUGAUUCUGCAGUUACUGAAAAUGGAGAGAAUUGGAGCAUGGGUCAGAGGCAGCUCGUUUGUCUUGGCCGUGUGCUACUGAAGAAAAGCAGCAAGAUUUUGGUUCUUGAUGAGGCAACCGCAUCAGUCGACACCGUAACAGAUAAUCUGAUACAAAAGACUAUCAAGGAACACUUUUCCCACUCCACCGUUGUAACUAUUGCACAUAGGAUAACAUCUGUGCUGGACAGCAACAUGGUCCUGCUAUUAGAUCAUGGUCUGAUUGCGGAAUAUGACACACCUAAGAAUUUGCUUGAAUUCAAAUCAUCAUUGUUUGCCAAGCUUGUAGCAGAAUAUAGCACACGAUCAAGUUGUAGUUUGGAGAAUUUACCUCAAGUCUGCAUGCUAUAAGGUGUUCUGUUAACUUUUGGUGUCACUGGGGAACAACAAAACUAGUUUGUUAACUGCAUCACGAGUUAAACUUGUAUCUGUGCUAAAUUUUAAGCGAGGUUGGUUAUGUUCUUGAGAGAGAGUGUAUAGUUCUUCCCCAGUUCAUUCAGUUACACUUUUAGACUUGAAGCCUUUUAGAAACUAAUUCAUUUCAGAGCUUCAAAAUGAAUAUUGAAACUAAGAUGAUUAACACCCAGUACUUGCCUUAUAUCCUUUGAGCUCCAAAUUCCUAAAGUCAACAUCUCCC